GUCCCCAUGGGAGUCACGCUGGCUAUAAAUACAGCAGCAAGGGAGUGCUGAGCAGAGGACAGGCUGCAGCUUCCUGCCAGCUAAGGAUGUGCCUGGCCCCGUAGCCCUGCCCCAGGAGAAGAUGGCCACAGAGAAGCCAGUGACUCCCACUGAGGAGCAGCUGGAGAUCCUGGAGUACAACUUCUGCAAGGUGAACAAGCAUCCUGACCCCACCACGCUGUGCCUCAUUGCGGCUGAGACCGGGCUCUCCGAGGAGCAGACCCUGAAAUGGUUCAAGCAGCGCCUGGCGGAGUGGAGGAAGUCAGAAGGGCUGCCUUCAGAGAGUGGGUCUGUCAGAGACUAGAGGAUGCUGCUCCGAUCCCCAUGCCUGCUGUAAAUGAUGGUGAAGAUCUUCAGAGUUGGUUUCCUUGGGGUUCUUCUGUUGCAAAUAGGUUCUGAGAUACAAAGUAAUACUCUGCUAUUUAACAUGUUUUAUUUAAAAUGUACAUAACCAGGAAAAGCAUAUUUUAUAUAUAUAUAUAUAUGUGUGUAUAUACAGCUUCUGAUGGCUGCAUAACCUGUCUAGUGAUUCCCAUCCAAUUAACAGCAGCUCCACAGGGCAAGGCAACCUCAUGCCCUUCUCCCAAGCUUGCAGAAAAGCAGCCAUUAAAGGUUCAAACAUAGAAGGGGGGGGAAAAAGAUUUAUUUUCCUUAUGAUCCCCAGUGGCAAAGUAUGUGUGCUAGAUUUAAUAUGCAGAUCAUCCAGAGAGGGGGAAACCUGGAAAAACAGUUGUGUUGUCUGAGUGAUCUUAGUUAGCUCAAGAUGCCAGAGUCAACUCUGGACACUGGCAAACCGAGUGUCUACACCACAAUCAGACCAAGCCAAGCACCUCUUGAAUGCAUUUCUCACAUUUCUGUUAAAGGUCACCAAAGGGAAAGAACUGUUUGUUUUUUUUUUUUU